AUGCUACCAUUUCUCUCUUCCACUCGUCCCGUGAACCGUUGCCCCCGGUCGAAACGGGACCAGAGUUCGCCAGGCCUGUGGAAGGAGCUCGCGAAGGAAGUUCGAUCCAGCAAGACGCUCCUUCAGGGGUUCCUCAAGUCGGCUUCGACGCUCGCUUCGAUCGCUGACCACCGCACGCAAGAAUUAGUUUUCGAAGCUCUCUAUCGCCUGUGGAAGGCAAGUCUAUUGCGUCGGGGCACGUGUGCUUCUGAUCGUGCUCCUCGUUUCCCGAAAGUGCAAAGGCAACAAGCACGCAAAUACCGACAAGGUGAAAAGGAAGAUGCGAAAUUAUCACCGAUUUGUUCUACGGUUGAGUGUGCCCCCGAUAACCCCGAACGAAUCCUCCCCAAGGUGUGGAAGAAGCAGCGCGGUGGGCCGCCGCAGCUGCUCCCCUCAACCCGCCGCGAGAUAGCCGAGGGCUUCUCCUCCAUCACCAUCGACGACUUCGAAGGCCAGACCCGAGCCAUGCUCGCAGCAGUCAACAGCAGGCCCAACAAAAACGACGACGAUGACGCCGAAUAUGACCCACAAGAAGGCGAAAAGGGAUGGCUUUCCCCCCCGUCGUCUUUUCCAGUGGAAGCGCUGCUUCAGGUGACCGAGUGGCGAGGGUUAGGUCUGCGCGACCGCCUCGGAGAGGCACACCACCUCGACAUCGGGGGUGACUCGAUCAGCAUCCAGGUCUACCCAAAGGCCUCCCCGGGGAAAUCCAGCGGGACAUCGACAGGAGGAGGUGGCGUGUUCAUCAGCAUCCCGGCAGAAACAGUCGCCGCGGCGAGCAAGGUGCUGGUGGGGGCUAGGUCGCUGCAGGUGGACGUCUCCCUGUCCGAGUGCCCGGCGCUGGCAAGGCUGGUCCGCACCCCGCCGGAAGAGAAUGCGGCAACCGCGAACUGCACGGUCAUCAUUCAGCUGGAGGGUGGCUCACAAAUGUUCAACCGGUUCCGACAGGCCAUCGCUGCUCUGAAAUCCAAGGUUCCCGAUGUGGCCAACGAGGCCAAGCCUAGCACGGGUUCCAAGUCAACCAAGGGCUCCUUGGCCCUGGAGCACGCGGAGGUUUUCAAGCCUUCCGAUGAAGUGGAAGGUGCCGAGGGCGUUGAAGGGAACCUCGGCGAUGACGACGAAGAGGAGUCGCAGACGAACCACAGGAAGCGACCCAGGGCCGCGUGUGGCUUGGCCAGCUCUGUGAGCAGCCGGGCAUACGCGUACCGACCCCCAAAACUCGCUGAGAGCCAAUGGUUCUUUUUGAUCUACCACGCUUGCAUCGCGGCUACCGCUCGAUAG